CCCGGCGUGGAAGAGCUUUGUGCGGUAUCACCGGAGCUCCUGAGUGAGUUGGGUCUCUCGGUCAGUGGUAGGUGGACAUGGCAGCUCAGCGGCGCCAGCGCCGACUUCUUCGGCAACCUGGAAGGUGCGAUCCUUCUAGCAUGCCUCGAAACCGACAACACAAGGAGGUUAGUCACAGAGCUCAAGCACCGAGGUGUGUUUCCAGCCGCGGUGCUGCUGCCGUUUGCAGAGCUUUCGACCUUAAUGACGGACAUGGGUCAGGAUGCGAACUGGCUCCUUGGAAUGGGGUGUUGGGCCGCUGGUCCUGUGCACGGGCAUCAGCCGCUUAGCCUCAGGAUCGACUACACUCGCGCCGCCUUUGUGGCGGCAUAUCAGCAGCGCUUCUUC